AUGCUGAAGACUCUGAGUCUUCUGCCCUUCUGCGCUCGGGUGACUCGGGUGACGGCAGGCAGAAUCUCCACUGAGGACUCCUGCCGGCAACAGCUCCUGGCCGACGGUAACUGCUGUUUGGAUCAGCGUGUAAAUCGUGAUGUGUUACAGAGGCGGCUUUCCAGGCCGGGUACCACUUGGCAAUGUGCGUCGAAGGAUGGCUGCGUGUCAGGUGACGGCCAGCGAGGUGGAGACUUCGUGGCAUUGCCUCCAGAUGCGACCUGUGAGACAUGCCGAAUCUUGUUCCUUCACGGUGGCAGCUGGUACUAUGGGUCCCCUGAAACCGACGGAUACAAAGCGUUGGCAACGAAGCUUGCGCACCGAACGCGCUGCGUGAUCAUGCUGCCGGAUUUUCCUUUGCUUCCUGUUGGAAAGUUCCAUUCCAUGUUGGCAGCUUCUAUUGCGGCGUUGCAAUACCUGAGCACUUACCAAGUUUGGGCGAGUUGCCGUCCAUCAACUCCAGUAGAUAUGUUCGUCGGAGGUGAUUCAAGCGGUGGUUCCACAGCGCUGAGCGUUGUUCUGAGAUGGAAGCUCGAUCCUGACAUUCUUCCUUCUCAUGCCUCGCUGGCAGGGGGCUUCUUCUGGAGUCCUUGGACCAAUCUCAUGUGCAAUACCCCAGAGUAUAUAACAAAUGCCUACAUGCAUGCACCACCGCCGACUGAAAUAUCUGACCACGUCGGUGACAUCGUUUUCACACAGCGGCCCGUUGACAACAUGGCGAUGUUUCGCAAGAAUGCUCUUGAAUAUGUUGGUGGCCGCGUAGAAAUGCUGAAGGAUCCCAUCGCCUCCCCCUUCUACGCAGAUUCGGAGUGGCAAGCUGGCUCUGGCGGCUCAGGUAUGGCAUCCCCAGCGCUUUACUUCGCAGUCGGGUCUUCCGAAACAAUCUUAGGAGACACCACGAUCCUUGCUGAGAAAGCUGCUGCGAAGGGAGUACAGGUCGUUGUCGACAUUUUCCACGGCAUGUGGCACGACUUUCCCAUGUACUCGGAUGGCUGUGGUUCUGAGCAGCCGCUGUGGUCAGGACAACGGGCCUGGAACAACACAGUCGAAUUCCUGAAAGCAGCGAGUGCAACGAAGUGGGCGAAGGGAGGCGGCUCAGGCGGCUGGCCACUGAUACGCUACGUUUAUGACGAGUCGGCCUCUGGUCGAGCUGGAUGGUUCCCGACAGCUAGGCCACUCUUACUCGGGCUCGGGCCUGCGUCUACGGAGCCAGGCCACCCAAGGCUUCAGUCUCUCCUACUCCUGCUGUGUGGUGGAUUCCUAGGGCAUCUCAUGUCCACGGGUUUCGGCCACCUGAAAAUCGCUGCGCAGAAGCUGCUCGAGAAGAAACGUGAGUUUGCCAAGCCCGAAGAGAUGGCGCCCCUGAUCGAGCCUAGUCGGAUUCCUCGGCAGUACUCUUAG